AUGAAAUUUAACAUUAUUUUAUUUAUUUGUUUUGUUCUUUUAGGUUUUUCAAGUUCUUUAGUUAAAAGCGAUAUAUCAUGUUAUGCCACAUGUGAAAAUGGUUAUUGUUUAUAUAACCAAACCACAAAUAUCCAUACCUGUAUAUGCUCUCCAGGAUACACCGGAGAAAAUUGCUCCAUUAGUGCCCCAAUAGAUAUUUGCUCAAAUUGUUUUUAUGGCAAUUGUACAGAUACUAAUUCAACAAGUUGCAAUUGUCCAAAUGGAAAAAGUGGCCAAUUUUGUGAAUUUAGUCAAUUUUUUUAUGUUUCAAGUGUUUAUCCUGCAUAUGAAAGUGGUGGUUUAGUAAAACUCGAUGGUUCAUUUUCUCAUGUCCAUAAAAAUCUCUCUGUAAGCAUUGGUAGUCAUAUGUGUUAUGUCAUUGAAAUUACACCUUAUAUUAUAAAAUGUAAUAUCGGAGGUUUCCUUUCCCACUCAUUUUUCUAUGAUAUUUCAGUUUCACAAAACAACAUGGAAUAUAUUGGUCAUAAUUAUUAUAAACCAGAAUCAUGCGUUCAUGGAGUUUUUAUAGGAAAUGAAUGUGUUUGUGACAAUGGUUGGUAUGGCGAAAAAUGUGAAAUGUCAACCGUCAAAGUAUAUUCUGUAACACCAGUUUCAACCAGAGGUGGUGAUAUUUAUAUCCAUGGCUUCUUUGAAGACAUUACCAAUCUAUACUUUUUCAUCAACAACACAAUAAUAAACUUCAACUAUUUUUCAAGCUCAUAUGUAAUUGGUAAAGCUCCACCAGGAAAUGGCUAUCAAGAUUUAAGAAUUUUUAAUCAAACCUAUGGUUCAGUAGUUUUCAAAGGGAUUGGUAUGGUUUAUUUCGAUCCAUUCUUGUGUAUGAACAAUUGCUCAUAUAAUGGUGUAUGUAAUUUUAAUUUUUCCCCAAACUGCCAAUGCGAUUAUAAUUGGACUGGUGAAGAUUGUUCAAUCUAUAAAAAUUCUACAUCAGAAUCAGGAUCAACAUCAGAUUCAUCAAUAUCACCAUCAUCAUCAGCAUCAUCAUCAGCAUCAUUCCCUGAAACCAUUACUUGCACAAACAUUGGAAGUAGUUUAUCAAUUGAUAGUUAUUCAGGUAUUAAUUGCACUGGCUAUGGCCCAACUGAAUGUGUUGAUAAUAUUAGCGGUUCCACAUGUUCAACAGAUCAAGAGGAUAGUAUAAUCAAGUGCACUGUCGGAUCAAAUUGGUAUUUAUCAAAAUCAAUUACUUGUAGAGGUUCCCAUAUAGAAUGCAAAACAUCCAAUGUCCAAUGUAAAAUUGAUUUAGAAGGUAGUUUCCAUGUUAACAAUAAAAUUUCUUCUUCAAACAUUGCAGUAUUUGAUAAAAAUGGUCAACAACAGAAUUUCGAGCAAGAGAAACCAUCAUCAUCAGCCUCUACCCUUGCUUUUAAUAUAAUUGGUUUAUUAUUAUCAUCACUUAUUACUCUAUCAUUAAUUAAUUUAUAA